UUAGAAAGUAAACCUUCCGUGGAAGUCAUGCACAUGGUUUCUCCGCACCACCCAUGGAUACACCAUCCAUAUGAUUGACCAGAACUUGGAUCAGCUGCAGCCCGCAUCCAUGGGUCAAGGUGAACGGGCCAUUCAUGAAUUCAAUGGCUACCGCUAGCGCUAAUGUCGUAGUAUCAGCGGCCGUAUGGGCUUACUAAUACGACCUCUUAUCUUUCCUCUGUACCAUCAUCGUACCACUACUACGUAGCAAGUCCAUAGGCUCUGCAGACUCAUACUAUCCUUUCCGUCACUCUAUCCGACCCAACCAUUACAAAAAGCACAUUUGAUCUCUACAAUGGUGUCGCGUGCUCAAGAAGCUGCUUAUACUGUUUUGGCCAGCGUCGACUUGUCCAGCUAUGAUCCCGAACAGUCAAGGCUUAUGGACGAAAAGUGUAUCCUAGUGGACGAGGACGACAAUGCCAUAGGUGCCAUGGACAAGAAAACAUGUCACUUGAUGGAGAACAUCAACAAGGGUUUGCUCCACCGCGCCUUCUCUGCAUUCGUUUUCAGACCGUCCGAUGGCAAGCUUCUCCUACAACAGCGCGCGACGGAGAAGAUAACAUUUCCAGAUAUGUGGACGAACACAUGCUGCUCUCAUCCAUUGGAUGAUUUUGAGGAGGAGAAAGUGGAAAAGGAUCAGCUGGGAGUAAGAGUUGCAGCUUCGCGAAAACUGGACCAUGAACUGGGCAUUCCCUCUAGUCAAACUCCCGUUGAUCAAUUCCAGUAUCUGACUCGGAUUCAUUAUUUGGCACCAUCAAGUGGUCUUUGGGGUGAACAUGAAGUUGAUUAUAUCCUGUUCAUCACCGCCGACGUUACAGUGACACCGAACACCAACGAGAUCCGUGACCACAAGUACGUCGAUAAGGCAGAGCUACAGGCCAUGUUCGAUGACCCUGCGAACUCUUUCACACCUUGGUUCAAAUUGAUCGCAAGAGAUUUCCUUUUCGGCUGGUGGGAUGAACUAAUGAAGCGCAAGGAUAACCAGGGUCUUGUAUCUGCGCAGAGUCUCGCUGGUGUCGCAGACGGAUCGAAGGUUAUCAAAAUGGUGUAACAAGGCGAUCUUUUUAUAACUAACUAUUCAUGCUUCCGGUUUAAAUUUUUUUCACACCUCGAACGACAUAUCCAGUGUUGAAAUGUAAGGAUUGCCAUAAUCACUGCUAUGAGAAUAUAGAGUCUCACAUAGUUGUUUGAAUAUAAAUUAUUUGAAGGAUAUGCUUGUUU